UGCUCGGUGUAUCUUUUUGAUGUUUGCUUCUUAUUUUUGCAAGAAAUCUUAUGAUAUUUUCUUAAAAUGGUUGUGUUACACAAUUUGCAAGACGUUUUUCUUGAAGCUUCGCGACAAGCGACACUUAAUUUACCAACAUUGAAACAAAACUAUUUGAAAAUUGAUUUUGGAAAUUUUGAUAUUAAAGAAACGGUAUAUAAUGGUGCAGAACCUUCAUUACCUUUUGCUGCAAGUAGUAUUAUUAAUGCUGGUAUCAAUAACUGGAAACGACUCACAGCAGACCAUGAGGAUUGUAAGGCAGUGUAUGAAGUGACCUUCGAUGUAAUGGGUAGUAAUUUAAAUUUCAGGCCUGGUGAUACCAUAGGUGUUAUUCCGAGAAAUCCUGAUAAAGAAAUCAGUUGUGUUAUAGAUUGUUUAGAAUUAUCUGAUGUUGUGGACUCUUGUUACAUUAUAACUGUUAACAGUGGUCAGAAGGCAGCUAAAAUACCUCCACAUGUCCCUGUUAAGUCUACACUAAGAUAUGUUCUUACACAUUGUAUUGAUUUAAGGGGUGUUGUGAAAAAACUGUUCCUGCUUGCUUUAUCAAGGUAUACAAAAGAUGAAACAGAAAAGAAAGUACUUGAGUACCUUUGCAGUAAAGAAGGUUCCAUAUCAUACACAAAUUAUAUAUUAAAUAAAAAUUUGUGUAUGUUGGAUUUAUUUGAAAUUUUCAAAACCUGCAAACCACCUGUUGAAGUUAUUUUAGAACACCUACCUAGAUUAUUGCCUAGACCUUAUUCAAUUGUAAACAGUAGUUUAAUUAAUCCUAAUGAAAUAAAAAUAUGUUUCUCUGUAAUGAAUAUAGGUUAUAAUAGAAAAGGUCUUGUUACUGGCUGGUUAGAAAGUUUGAUAAAUGAAAGUCUUGAAGAUAAGAUGAGAAAUAUAACAAUCACAGAUAAAAAAGAAACAAUGAUGGACAAAAAGGUUUCUAUAUAUUUGAGGAAGAAUAUAAAUCAAUUUAGUUUUCCAGAUAAAAUUUCAAGGCCAAUGAUACUUAUUGGGCCAGGUACUGGAGUUGCACCUUAUAUAGGUUUUCUUGAAGAACAAAUGAAAGAAGAAGAAAGAGAUGGACAUAUUAUUUGGUUGUUUUUUGGCUGCAGAUAUCCUGAUUUAGAUUUUAUUUAUAAAGAUGAAUUGCACGAUUUUAAGGAUUCUGGUGUUUUGACUAAACUGACGACAGUCUUUUCUAGAUUCAAUGAUUGUGAAGAUAAAUAUAUACAGGAUGCAAUACUUAGUAAUGGAAAAGAAGUUUCCGAGCUACUUAAAAAUGGCGCGUUAGUUUAUGUUUGCGGUGACGUGAAAACAAUGGCAACUCAGGUCACGGAAUCAUUUGUGAAGUGUUUAGUCAAUUUCUCUGACUUAACGCAAGAGGAUGCUGAAAAGUUUGUUUGUGAUAUGCAAAAAGAGAAGACAUAUUUAAUUGAUUUAUGGAAUUAAAUAUUGUUAUGUUUUA